AUGAAACACAAAAAGGUACAAUCUAGUCACAAUCAGAAUUCCGAUUAUCACGAGUCUAUUUUGUCCAUGGACAAAAACUUGACUAAAGAGUGCAUCAAAGACGCCAACGGUAAACUCAUCGCCAAACAGGACAGCUUCAGUAACGGAGACAAUAAAGCCAUAUACAAAAUGAAGUACAGUUCUCAAAAUAUCAUCAAAAAAGAAUCCUUUAGUAUUAAGAGACCAAAUAGAGCGCCGCCACCCAUUCCCACAAAACCAACGUUCAUCAAAACUGAAAUAUCGAAAAAUUUCAUGAUUAAGUCUGAAUCGUCCAUGGGGACAAUAAAUUCCAAUUUUACUCAGAGCGGAGGUAGUAGAACCUCUCAAAGUUGGGUUAAAACUGUUGUUAACCGAUUUGAAUGA